CGCGGUUUUAUUAUAACUUUAAAUUCAAAUUUUGAAGUUGUCGUAAGUUAUGUCUUACUACUGAAUAAUAGUUAAAAUAAAUAGUGGUCCAACUGGAAUGGUUAAAGAUUGUUUACCACGUCUUCUCGUAUGUUAUUAAAGUUUUUCAUGUGAAGGCAAGCAAAGACAGCGGGAUGUUCCUUUAGCGCAGCCCUGCCGAGCGCCAACGUCGCCCCAGUUGACUCGAAUCGAACGAUUGCGUAGUCGCGCAAGGACCCCUGGGCUCUAAAGCUAUUGUUCGUAAUUUUAAUAUGGCGUUAAUAAAACAAUUUUGAAAUGUUCCAAACAAAGAAGAAACGUUUAAAUUAAUGCCAUACGUCUAGAAAACAUAAAUAAUAGUGAAGGGAAGAAGCGAUACAACUGAAUUUGUUGUCAUAAUAAAACGCUCAAAAUGGAUGAUUCAUUUAUCAUGGCUAAUUUUCAUGAGUUAUGUCGCCUCUGUUUACGCAAAAGUGAAUUCACAAUAUCAAUUUUUGGAGCUGUUCCUGACAAUGAAGAAAAUAUAUCUCUAACCUCGAAAAUUGCUGAAUGUCUCGAGCUGCAGAUGGAUCCCAAUGAUGGUCUCCCUACUAGGAUCUGCUACAAAUGCUUGUUUAAGGUUAAUAAAUGCUCCAAAUUUAGAUUACAGUGUAUUCAGAGUGAGGCCAGAUUAAGACAAAUAACGAAUCGUGUGAAUGAGUUAGAUAAUUCAAACUCAUCAGAAUUAAGUAAUUAUAAUUUUAACAAUACCCCAGAAACAUUAAAACCAAAGGCUGAAGAUUAUAUUGUUGAAGAUAGUGUCGUGAUGGUAGUAGACCCUAGCUUAGACUAUGAUUCUUCAGAAGAAUCUGAGUAUAUAGAUCAGACAGAAACGGAGACUUGUGAAAGAGAUAACACACCUGACGGAGAAACAGCUUCGGAAUCCUUUUAUAAAAAUGUAUUUAUGUGUCAAUAUUGUGAUCAAGCAUUUGUGUCUCAAGAAAAGUGCAAAGAACACGAGCAAAGUUUCCAUGACCCAAAUCUUCCUUAUAAAUGUGUGGAGUGCAGUCUAGUAUUUUCGGAACGCAGUCAAUUUGUUGCACACACUAGGCAAGUCCAUGGUAAUGAUAAACCCUAUCAUUGCCCGGAAUGUGACAAAUGUUUUGGUAGACGCUCUGAUUUAAGGAAACAUUCUAUAGUUCAUACUGGUAUAAGACCUUUUCAAUGCCAUUAUUGUCUUAAGAGCUUCUCGAGGAAUACAAACUUAAGUAAACAUUUAAGAAUACAUGCAGGACAUAAGCCUCAUGUAUGUCCUUUAUGUCCACGAAGCUUUGUAGCAAAAGGUGAUUUACAGAGACAUGUACUAGUUCACUCGGGUGUUAAACCUUAUGCAUGUAGGAAGUGUCCACUCACAUUUGGACGAAGAGAUAAGCUGAUAAAGCAUGAAGUCCGUCAUGGACCUGUAAGUCCAGAAAAUAAAGAAUAUGAAAAUGAUGAUGCUCAUGACAUGGUUGUUAAUGUAAACCCUUUUAGUAAUUUAAUGACAUCCCCACCUCAGCACAAUAUUGAAAACACGAAUGAAUAUGAUUUGCCAAGGGUUCCCGACCAUAUUGCUGGUGAUAAUACUUUUUUAAAUCAAAUUCAAAAGAAUCCAUCCACUUCUAGCAAACCUCAAACAAAUUCACCACCUAAACCGAAAAUGGCAUCACCAAAUAAAAAUAAACCUAAGAAUAUAAAAUGUCAUCAGUGUCCAAAGAGGUUCUCCUCGUUAGAUGCAUACAAAACUCAUGUGUCCAUAGCACAUAUUGGAUCUAGGAUAUUUCAGUGUAAGAUAUGCUUCAAAAAAUUCCCUAGAAAAAGAGAAUUUGAUCGCCAUGUAGCUUCUCAUUCUGGUAUGAAACCAUUUAGUUGCAGUCAAUGUGAUAAAAAGUUUACGAGGAAAGAUAAACUUAACAAGCAUGAACAAACUCAUGAAUGUCUGGUUGUGAAUAUGCCUUGCAUAGAAUGUGGAGCAACAUUUGAGAAAAAACCUGACCUAGUUGCACACAUUAAGUCCCACUUUCCAGAAAAUUAUGAUAACAAAAUCCUUAAUACUGAAAUUAAGAAGGAAAAUGUACCCGACUUCCCUUUGGACAAUUUUUAUGACUUGGAAACCUGAAAAUAUACUAGACGUUGUAAUAAUCACUUGAUGGUUUCUAAAAUAUAUCAGCAUCCAAAUAAAUUAUUUAUUAAUCAGUAUUUCUAAUAAUAUAAUUGUUGAAUAGUUACAUGUUUAAACGUCUCCAGUUAAUGUACUUAGAUAAUUUAGAAUUGAAACGCUGGGUUUUAUUUAAUAUUUAAAUCUAGUUAGUUAUCAUGCUCUCUUACUAUUGUUGAUUGCAUAUAUAUGAAUCUGAGAUUUUGUUGUUAAAAAGGAUUUAUCAUGUUUAAAUUCAAUUGCACAAAUCAAUACUUGUUUUGUAUGCUAAGAAAAAUUUACUGUGAAUAAAUAAAUGUUCAUAUUA